AUGAGGAGAGAUGGAGCAAGGAUGAGCAAAGUGCAUGCAGCACGUUUGCAGUGUAUGGCCUUAAAAGGCUUGGAGUCUUUCGAAAGGCCAAGCUCUACAUGUUUCACAGAGUUCGAAGGCUUGCAAAAGCUUCCAUCCUGGCAAGUGCCUCAUCAAGCUGCCCAAGCGAGAGGCUGUCAGGAGCUGGCGGGCUCCAAGCCACUUGCUGCGCGCCAUGUGUGUCCUGGUUUGCCUGAUCAAUACCUGGUCAUGAAGCUGGAGGGUGUGAAGGGGCCAGAGCAAGGUCCAAACUUGGGGCAGCGACGUCAUGUGCAAACCGCAACAGAUGUCACCGCAACAGCUCGUCAAGAGAAUGUCGACAAAGAGGACAUGGUGGUGUCGUUUUCUUCCAAUCUCCUUGCUUCAUGA